AUGCCGGAAGUUCUCAUCGACGAUGCGCCGCUGCGGCGGAAGAUGGAGGAGAUGCAUAAAGCCACCCAGGAUCUCCAGAAGAAGAACGACGAAGUUGUCUUCUUGCUCCAAAGGGAAAAAGCUGAGCGAGAGCAGAUAGAAAAGGAGAUUAGGGAGCUCCACCGCUCCUUAGGAAACAGCAAUUCAUCUCCAGCUUCACUUUCAGACCAAGACGUCAAAGCGCUGUUGAUGCCCAUGCUCGAGAUCAAGUUCGCUCAGCUCAAGGACGAACUCCUAGCUGAGCUCAAACACGCGACCGUGACGAACUUAGAAAGCGUCAUGACGCAGGUGGAGCCUGUGCUGGAGGAGAACACCAACACAGUAUCAAGUGUGAGGGAGGAGAUAUCACAACACCUCCUAUCAGUGCAGUACCUGCAACACGAGUACGAGCGGUUGAUAGCUGGCUCUUCCAUCAACGACAUGAGGUCGAGCAUACAACAACUGGGAGAGGCCGUGGAGCUCCUGCAGCAAACAGCGCAGCAUCCUCAGUCGACGUCAUCAGAGGUGCAGGUUGACGGACCCAACAUGGCAGAAGUGUCGACGAGUCCAGCUCCUCGGGGCAAGUCAGCGUCCCCGGUGGACGGAGAUGCGAUCUGGACGCGACUCGAGGAGAUCGCCGAGCAGCAGGAGAGGAUGAGAAGGGAAAUGGAGGAGCUGGCGUCAAGCUCGCAAGCAGAGCUCUCUCAGCAGAUUGAGAGGAUUGCGCAGACGCAGAACGUCUUGGAGGAGAAGCUGCGAGCAAUGGACUCGAGCAUGGCGGAGAACGCACAGGUCACCGAGAUGACGUCAAAGGAGUUCCUCUCCGCUCUUGAGAUGUUGAAGGAGAAGAUCUCCAGCACUACCAAGCUCCUCACCUCCUCCCCCAUCGCCAACCCGGUCAGGGAAGUCAGCACGUACGUCCACAUGCCCCCCAACCCCACGCAGAUGCAGCAGAUCUCUCAGACCCUCAAGACGCACAACGCGGAGCUGCAGAUUCUGUUUCGCACUAUGGUGAAGAUGGAAAAGGACCUGGACUCCAAAGCGCAGCAGGAGGAGCUGGAAGACAAAGUCGAUCGCUCGUACGUGCGGUCUAUCUUGCAAGAUGUCUUUUCUCAGGUCCAACAGAGCAUGGAUCGCGUGCGAGGGUUCGCUACGGGCGAGGAGGCGAGCGAUGAGAUCCAGGAGCUAUGGAGGGCCUUCAAGUCGUUACAUCAGACCAUGACCAAGAAGGCGGACAAAGGCUUCGUCAGCGGCAUCAUGCGGGAGGUUCUCGAGGAGCAGAGCAAGGCGGCUUUCCUCAACGCUGUCGGCUACACCAAGGACGUGUACCUGCUCAAGCCUCCGCAAAGUUCUCCAGCUCGUCGAGCCCCAGAGGAGCCCGAGACCAAAGACAAGCCCGCCCAUCGCAACCUCCCCAUGCCUGCCUACGUGUCGGAGCGGGUCAAGGGAACAGACGGGAGGUUCUACCACGGAGUCAGCGACAAGGUACCACUCGACGUCCGUCUGCUCCUGCGGCGGAAACAGCAUCUCCGCGAUCGAAGUGAUAACAUCCCUAAAAUCCUGAGAAUUCCUUUCCCUCCUCCCGUCGAUCUUCCGUACUUCUGUGACCAACAUUGCAGAGCCCUCGUGACGGAAGGGAGGAAGCCUGAAAUGACACCUGAGGCAAAGCGUCUGCUGAUGAUGAACACGAACUGA